ACGCAACCAGGUUCAGGCGUGAAAGAAACUCAACCCUCUUGUUUUUUCAGAGAUAUCUCUCUUCUAGAACUUUCUUUUUCUAAGAUUGGAGCCAUCAGCCAUGUCCACCCCUGCAAAGAAGAGGCUGAUGCGGGACUUCAAGCGCCUCCAACAGGAUCCACCCGCGGGUAUUAGUGGCGCCCCUCAAGACAAUAACAUCAUGCUCUGGAAUGCUGUCAUUUUUGGGCCUGAUGAUACACCGUGGGAUGGAGGUACGUUCAAGCUGACUCUGCAAUUUACUGAGGAUUAUCCAAAUAAGCCUCCAACAGUUCGGUUUGUCUCACGGAUGUUUCAUCCAAAUAUCUAUGCAGAUGGAAGUAUUUGCUUGGAUAUUUUACAAAAUCAAUGGAGUCCCAUAUAUGAUGUUGCUGCUAUUCUGACGUCUAUCCAGUCACUGCUUUGUGAUCCGAAUCCAAACUCCCCUGCAAACUCAGAAGCAGCCCGCAUGUUUAGUGAAAACAAGCGAGAAUAUAACAGAAGAGUGCGUGAGAUAGUGGAGCAGAGCUGGACUGCUGACUAAAUGCCUUUUUGAAGCACCAGAAACUUGCCUUGGCAAAUGAAAAAUUUGAAGUGUUUGUGGGUCUGAAUGUCGCUACACUUGUUAGAUAAUCUGCUUUUGUGUGCAUUGUUCUUGGGAGAUUCCUUUGGAUGUUUACAUUUCUGGCUUCUAGACAGCCCUGGUUGAACCUUCUAUUUCUUGGUGUUUUUACCGAUUCUUCUUUCAUGUAAUUGUAUUAUGUACUGUUAGCCUCUGUAUAGGAAUAUUGCUAUUGUAGUGAUGCCCUAGACAAUCAAUCUCUCUCUUCAGAGAUGAAAACAGAGAACCUGUUUUCAGAUUAAGUGGGCUUUCAGAUUUAUGAAUGGCUAUCUAGCAUGUCUGAUCUUGUAUUGUAUUUAUUGAGAUUUGCUUGUUUGCUCA